UUUUCAAAAAUAUCUGGCAUCUCUGAGUGCGAAUACUCGCUCAACCAGCUGUUUAUCUGUCGGCCCGGUCGGCCCAGCACAGCGAUUUCUGCACGUAGCUGUUCUUUUACGAAGUGGUCUCACAUACUAGCUUUUAAAGUAUCUAAAAUAUUCCAAGAAUCAACUUAUAGAAAUGUCAAACCAAUAUUAACAUGCAUGAAUGUUUAGAAAUUCGUUCCACCGCCUUCAGACCCUUUCAUAUCAACAAAUCAGCUCCUCAGGAAAUAGAACGAAUUUCAACGAGAAACAUAGAUUAUGAACAAUUUUUCUAUUGUUUUCUACAAACUAACAUACCUGUCAUACUAACUGCUGUUACCGACCGCUGGGAGUGCUACAAGCAAUGGAUAUUAAGGAACGAAACUGAUGUCGAUAAAUUAAACGUUGCAUACUUGAAGGAGCGCAUUAAUAAUGUGGUCGUUCCAGUAGCCGACUGUGAUAAACAAUAUCAUAACUCGCACGAAAAACAGGACAUGCUAUUUUAUGAUUUCUUGAACUAUUGGGAGGGAACAGAUACGAGUGGACAAGGGUCCAAACUUUACUUAAAGGAUUGGCAUCUGCGAGAAAUGUUACCCGAGUAUCAAUUCUAUGAAACGCCUCAAUUUUUCGCCUCCGAUUGGUUAAACGAAUAUUUAACAGACUCUAAUAAAGACGAUUAUAUGUUCGUAUAUAUCGGUCCUAAAGACACAUGGACAUCCUUUCAUGCGGAUGUGUUUUUUUCUUAUAGUUGGUCUACUAAUAUAAGUGGAAUGAAAAAGUGGUUAUUGUUACCUCCUGGACAAGAAUUGUUAUUAACAGAUUCGUUAGGAAAUUUGCCGUUUGAAAUAUCAGAAGAACUAUUAGAUAUGAAAAAUAUAGUUUACUACAAAGUGCUACAAAUGGCAGGGGAAGCAAUUUUCGUCCCUAGUGGAUGGUAUCAUCAAGUGCAUAAUGUUCAAAGCUCGAUUUCGGUUAACCACAAUUGGUUCAACGGCUGUAAUAUCGAACAUAUUUGGAUUAACUUGCAUGAUGCCGCAGAAAAGGUCACAAAAGAAAUCGAUGAUUGCAAAGAUAUGGAAAAUUUUGAUGAGCAUUGUCAAAUAAUGCUGAACGCGUCGUAUGGAAUGAAUUUUGAAUCUUUCUUGAAAAUUUUAACGCACAUUUCCGAAAAGCGUAUAAAAGCAUUAAAGAGCAGUGUUGAAGUAAUUCACUUCGAUAAAUAUAGAUUAGGUGUGAAUCAUAUUCAAUUCGACUUGAAUGCUAUCAAUGCGGUCCUUACAAUGAUGCUAUCACAAAAAGAGUUGUUGAGCAAACUUCAACUAUUGUCAGAAGUGGAAAACUGUAUAUUACGGAUAAGAGAUGUUUCACUCUGAUAUAGAGUAACUAAAAUAAAGAUUAUUUCAAGUUAUUUGUGUUAGUGUAGUAAGUGCAGACUGAUUUAUUAGGGUCUCUCUCAUAUCAUAGAUACAAAGCAAUGUGACAACUUUGGGUGUGUUAUUCGAUUUGCGAUGGCAGCAAAUUUCUUUCUACUCUAUUCCUUGAAGGAUUUGCUCUCAAUCAACAAAUAAACAACAAGAAUAAACUUACUAGAUAACGUUUUUUUUUUUUUAAUAUUUUAUGAAACUGCGACUUCUUUACGUGUAAAUUGGAAAAAUACAAAUAUUUGCCAUAAAUUCCAA